AUGUUUGCUGCUGCUACAAAGAACUUUGUGAAACAAGUAGGGGAUGGUGGACGAUUGAUUCCUGUUCCUAGUCUCAAUGAAGCUGACAAAUACCAACCUUUAAGCCUCGUUAUAAAAAAGAAGCGUUGGUUUUUCUCCAGAAAGGCUAAGUAUAUCUCAACACCUUUUACGCUCAAAGAUAUUUUACAUGGAGACAAAGAAAUUUCUGCAGGUGUCAGUUCUUACCAGUUGUUGAAUUAUGAAGAUAAAUCAGAUGUGUCUUUGAACAGAAAACAUGGAAAUCAAAUAAUGAACGAUGUUGGAAUCAACAUUUAUGGAUCUGAUUCUGUUGCGGUUAAAGCUUCCUUUGGUAUUGUUACCAAGCAUGAGGUUGAAGUACCAGCAUUGCUUAAGGAACUUGUUUCCAGAACUGUUGACCUAGACCACUGUUUGGUACGCCAGUCAAGAGAAAGCAAGAAAGAGGUACUGUGUGUGGUGAUGGAGAGCAUUCGGACGACACGUCAGUGUUCUUUAUCUGUUCACGCUGGCAUGCGGGGGCAGACAAUGAGAUUUCAUAUUAUUGAAGACCAGAACUAUAAAGGACGGGAUAAAGCAAUAGUUUUUCCAGCACAUACAACAAUUGCAUUUAGUGUUUUUGAUCUGUACAUUCAUCUGGAUGGGCACUUUGAGCUGUGUGUGUCAACAGCUUCCAAAGGAGGAUUUGAAAGAGAACUAACCAGAUCGUUUUCAUUAAAUGCCCUAAGAAAUAACUUAUACCGCAAAAGGACAAUGGAUAUCAUUGGAAAUUCCGACUCAUAUAUUGAUGAUAUUUUUUCGGAUUACUACGAUAAGGCUGCCAGUAUGACAGAUAUCUCCACCACUUAUAUGCGAGAAGGUGCUCACACUCGUGUUAAUCUGCUUAAUAAUAACAUCUCCAAGGGGCCAUGUGCUCUCUGUGGAAUGGGGAACUCGAAAAGAGAAACAGUGUAUGGAUGCUUUGAGUGUUCUUACAAUGGGCAGAAAUAUGUAAGGCUGCAUGCUGUUCCAUGCUUUGACCUAUGGCAUAAAAGAAUAAAAUGA